AUGUCCCUCCUUGCCCUUCGCCCAGUAGCAAACCACUCAGGUGAAAAACAAUUCGUUACCCUUCUUCCGGUCUUGCGAGAUUUUGGCAUUUUGCGACGCAUUGGUAGUGUUGUGGGAGAUAACUCGAGCACGAAUGACACCCUCUGUCGAGCGUCGAGCACAUGUCUUAGGGAAGAGGAGGACAUUGAUUGGGAUCCGGAAGUUCACCGCCUCCGAUGUCUCGGCCAUGUAAUUAACUUGGCUGUCCAGGCUUUCUUGUUCAAAGAUUCGCUAGACUUAAACCAAUGUGAACUGUACGAUGACAGCGAAGGGCAUGCGGAAAUCCAAAAGCAGCGGGCUAAGUUUCGACUCCUUGGCCCGUUGGGCAAACUGCACAACUUGGUUGUCAACAUUCGGAGUUCGUCAGGACGUACCAAAGAGUUCAAGGAGCUUGCAGGGAGAUUAAUUCCCCUGGACAAUCGUACGAGGUGGAAUAGUUGGUAUCAAAUGCUGCAGGUUGCCACUGAACAAGGGAUUGCGAGUGCCCUGGACUCCUACACGAAGAAUCAUUUCGAUGACCUUUCCGCGGAUUUUCUGUUGCCAGAAGAGUGGGUGAGGCUUCGCACAAUUAAAGACAUUCUUCAGCCAUUCUCACGAGCAACAUUGGCCACACAAGGGGAUCACGCCACGCUGGACAAAGUACUCUUUACAAUGGACGUCUUGAUCCGAUGCUUUGAUGAGAUCGCAUAUAAAUCAGACCCAGAACUUUCGUCUAGAAUCCAGAGAGGUUGGGAAGUGUUCGACAAAUAUUACAGCAAAACAGACAGUUCGCCUUAUUAUGCAGCCGCCUUGAUCCUCCAUCCAAGUUAUCGCAAGACGUAUAUCUACGCGAACUGGAAGAAGAAAUGGCAUAAACCUGCUUUUAAGCAGGUUAAGGACCUUUGGCUCGCAUACCGAGAUGCAACAGAUGCCGAUGCCCUUUCGCACCAUCUAGUGGAUGAUGGGGGAGACAAGGAUCUCGAUGCGUUUGAUCGUAUUUCUAGGAAUCUGCAGAAUUGUACUCGGCCAUCAAGUCAAGAUGAGUAUGAAGAUUACAUUUCGUAUGAUCCGUACGACAUUACGCCGAUGACUGCUUUGUCAUGGUGGCUUCAAGAGCAACAAAGGAAACGAUGGCCACGGCUAUCACGGAUGGCAAUAGAUAUUCUGUCAAUGCCAGCUAUGAGUGAUGAGCCGGAGCGAGUAUUCUCAGGCACUCGUCGCACUAUCUCCUGGGAAAGGGCACAAUUAGACGCGGACCAAGUUGAAAAGGGAGAAUGUUUAAAGCAAUGGGUCAGAAACGAUACUCUGAAGGGUUGCGAAGGCGGAGAGGUUCACGUUUUCGGGUAA